AAGUGGGUUUCACGCUUAUCAGCGCGAUCCUGCCAACUGAGACGUAUGCGAGGCAGAAGCGAAUGAGUUCUCCCACGUUGCUAUUCCCUUAGAGACGCGCAAUAGCCGUGUGUCGGACGAUGCAAAUUGCAGAAAGAUCCAGAGCGGUUCGGCAGGAUGUUCGCAGCCCGCGGUGCUCUAGCGGGGACACGCCUGGCGAGGGAGAGGCGACGGAAGCUUCGCGAGGCACGUGCACGGGCCAGGCGGAGAAAACAAAGACGACCGAGGACAGUUAUCAUUCACCAAGGUACAGUGAAGAUCUGUUCCCUACCCACGGCUUGGAUACUGUUGGGGCUGUUCGUGUUCGGAGCUGGGACAGUGAUGUCUAUGGUCAGCUAUGACUUCCUUGAAGUUGAAUUUCUCAUGAUAAACAACAUCACACAAAAGACGCUGGAAUCAACGGAUUUCAAUCAGAUUCGCGGAAUACAAGACGCGCUCCUCCAAGCAGGUUAUCCAGAUAACGUGUACGAUGAAUACCUUCUACGAGGAAUAAAUUAUCCUCCCCAAUUUAGGCUGGUCGGACCUCUCCUAAUCGGCGGGGGCAUCUUUAUAAUGUUAUGCGGAAUAACGGCGCUGCUUGAGAACAGAGACGGUGAAACGAUACGGGCCCCAGUGAUCGUGUUAGAUCCUUCAUGUGGGCCAGCAGGACACCAGUUCGAUGGAUAUAAAAGCAGGUUCGCGAACUUUGAUAAGAUCCUAUCGAAUUCUUGUCCGAACCUCAGAUACCUGCCCAAGCCGACGGAUCUGAACCAACAGCGCGGCUACCUGAAACAUCCACCCUCCCCCGUGCCCCUCGACACUCUUUUCCCCAGAAGAAAGCUGGUCAGAACGCCCAGGAAGUCACACCUACCUCUUGGGAUUGAUCUCAGUGGAUUCCAGCACAAAGCCAGCCUAUUCUAGAAGGACGCUCCACCACGCGGUUCUAUCAAACAUUU